ACGAGAGGGGCGGGAACUAGCUUUACGUAAGAGUGACAGACAGCAAGUACUGUAACGUCAUAUCCUGAGAGUCCAAGAUGGCAGCUUUGUUAUUGAGACACGCUGGGCGGCAAUGUCUUCGCUCUCAACUGUCUCCUGUUUUCUGUCUUAGAAAUGCCAUUCCAAUGACAACGACGGCUCGACAGGAAGCUGACCGCAUUUUUGAAAAAAACAUCCGUCUAAAUCGCCCUGUGUCACCUCACAUUACCGUCUACAAGUGGUCUUUGCCAAUGAUGUUGUCUAUCACACACCGAGGCACUGGCGUUGCAAUGACAGCUGGAGUCUCUCUAUUCAGUUUGGCGGCUCUCACUCUUCCUGGAGACUAUGCAACAUAUCUGGAGUUAAUAAAAUCGUUACAUUUGGGGCCCGCCCUUAUCUACUCCGCUAAGUUUGCAGUUGCUUUCCCUUUAAUGUUCCACACCUGGAACGGAAUCAGGCACUUGGUGUGGGACAUGGGUAAAGGAUUUAAGAUCCCUCAAGUAUAUCAGUCUGCGAUCAUCGUGCUGGCUCUUACCUUCAUAUCCACUGCCAGCAUUGCUGCCAUGUGAAUUGGAAAGACUGAACAUUAAGCAAAUCUCUUUAACAUUGAGAGCCCACAUAUUUCAAUAGUACUUCUAUAAGUUUGUUUUUGCCAAGACAUGCAACCACUUCUUGCCCCCUCUAGAUCUUUUAAACUUGUAAAACUAAUCUUUGUGCAAAAUUAUAUCAAAAUUUACCAUAUGGGCCCUUGCUUUUCUCAGGCUGCCCCAUAGUCCAAACCAUUGACAUUGUCAGUGUUUUGUGCGCAGCUGAAGGCCUUUACAGUUGUAUAGGUUUGUUUAUUUUUUUUCAGGUUUCUCUUGUUGCAGGUGUCAUUUCUGUAGUAAUUGGUUUUAUGUAGCACCAAUGUCUGUGUUUGUAACUGCAAGUAACUUUCCUAGUUUAGUUGUUCCCUUUGAAUGCACUGGUAGAUUGUGUACUUAGCUUUGCAGGAAUUUAAAAAAAGGAAAAUGUUUUGUUUGUAGAUAGCAUUUAGCUUCACAUUUCCUAUACCCCAAAUUUCUGGAUUAUCUUGUCUGUGUGUAUUGAGAAAUUAUAUUGGGGAGAGAUAUAUGUAGAGGGGGAGGGUGUUUGAUUAUGAUUUAGCUAAACCUAUGGUUGUUUGAGAUACUAGUGCUUUAACCAGAAAAAACACUUUAAUACCAGCUCACACCACCUGUUUAUUUCCAUUGUUUUUGGUUUCAAGAUAAUCACCCAAAAUUUCUGUUAAAUUAAGACUUCAUUGGAGAGAAAAAAAACCAUAAGAUGCAUUUGUUUGCUUCCUCCACCAUAACAUAACAUGUGUUUCUGCUUUCUGGAUUGGGACAAUCAAGGCCUUUGUCUAAUUUAUUAGGGUAGGAAGAGCAUGAAAAUUCCAGUAGCUGCUGCAGCUUUUGUGUGGGAACCGUUAAAAGGGCAAAUGGACUUCUCUGUUUGCCUUUGGUGCUGAUGACAGGGUCAGAUGGUUUUGAUAAAGUAACCAACAUGUAUUUUCUAUAGUUUGCUAUACAAAAAGUACAUUUUUUUUUCAAGAGAUCAUACUGUGGGAGUUUAAUCCUAUUAAAAUUAAUGUACAAGAAAUGUUGUAGGGGUUAGAAGAUUUCUAGAUCUCAGAGACAGAUGUAGUCAAUAUGUUUUACAGUCUACCAGCAUAUUUUUUUUAUUAAUACUUUGAGUGUUGGUGACUAAUUGUUAUCAUCCUCAUUGUUGUCCUGUAGUGAAUUCAUUUCACACUGUAAAGGGAAAUCCAGAAACCUGUUAAAUAUUAAGGGAAUGAACACAACAAUUUGACCAUAGUUUUAGUUAUGUUAUCAGUAAUUCUUCUGCCGUCCUCAAUGCUCAUUCAUACAUUUUCAAUUAUUCAAUAUAAGUUGCACUAUCUGUACAAUGGAAAUAAUUUAGUCUAGAGGAAUAUUCCUGAUUUUGGAGGAAAGCAGAUAUGUACAAGUAAUGGCAUCUAUGGGGGCCUCUGUUCUUCAAGGGAAAAUGUUUUGCCCCUGCUAAUAUUUGUGCAGAGCUAAAUCCAAAUUAAGGGCAAGUGACUUUUAUAAGCAUAAGAAAUGGCUUUACUUUGUAAUUAAACCAAUUUUCUGUAUAAUUCAUUAAAACUAUAUUAUAUAAUACAA